AUAUGAUGAUACAGCUGUCCCAAAGGUUAAGAAGACAGUAUCCACCAAUUAAAAGUCCUUUAUGACAGCGUUGCAUGUCAUUUUCUCAGCAGCAAGCUUUCCAUUCAUGCAUUGUGCAACUUGAUAAGGCUACUGUUUCCUUACCACCUGACCCGUCAAAGAAAGAUCCCGGACCAUAUCUCCUCGUCGCUGACCAGGGUGUGACAUUACAGGAAGACCAUACCAAGCCUCUUUCUUAUGUAACCAUGGACCAGAUUGCCGCCUGCUCGGAAGUGGUUCCGCGAUAGUAAUGAGGACUGUUCG